AUGAAAGUGGGAAUAGUAUUUUUUGGUUUAAUCUUUUUUGUAGUACUAGGAGCUUGUAACAAUGUGAAGGAAAAGAUUUUUAAGAAUAUUAAGAAAAGAACAAAAUUUAUAAUAUUGAAUGAACCUAUAGUAGAUUUAAGUUUUAGCGAGAAUUUAUUUCAUACGUUAUUAUUUGAUUUAGAUGUAGAUAAGAAUUUAUAUACAUUAGAUGAGAGUUUAUUAAAUCUUGAGAAUUUGAAUUAUUCUUCAAUAUUUCGUUUACUUGUUGAUACAUAUAAGAAUAUAAAAGAAAAUAGAGAUGAUAAUGAAAAUAUUCGAUAUAUAUUUUUAGGUACAUCAUUUUCAAGAAUUCAUCCUUUAAAUUUUGAAUAUUUUUUGAGAAAGCUGAAUAAAUAUAUAUAUAAUGAGAAUGUAUAUGAAAAGGGUAAGGUGGAUAUUAAAGGAAUAUUAAAUGAAUAUAAUAAUGAGAUUGAAGAAAAGAAAAUUCAAAAAGAAAAACUUAAUAAGAUAAAAGAUAAGAAUAAUAAUGAUAAUAUUUAUAAUGAUGAUAUUGACGUACAUGAAGUGUUAGAAGAUAUUAUUAGAAAAGAAAAGAAAUUCUUUUUAAAUGAUGAUGAUAAUGAUAGUAAUGAUAAAUAUAUUUUAAAAACUGAUGAAGAUAAUAAAUAUAAAGGAUUUUUUAUAGGAUAUGGUUUUAAUGAUGAAAUGCCAUCUGUAAUUCAUCAUUAUAAUUUUGAUAAGAAUUUUUUAUUUCCUUCUUUAAAUAGUGGUAUAUUAUUAGAUAUAACAUUAUUAAAGAAUAUAUAUGAAGUUUCAAAUGUAUUAUUAUCUAGAAAUGAAAUGGAUGAAUCUAUUCAUAUAGAUUAUAUUUAUGAAGUUACAAAAUAUAUAAAAGAAAAUUUAAGAGUAAAUUUAACACAUUCUGAAAAUGUAUGUUUAAAUGAAGAACAGAAUAUUCAUUUAUUAGAUCAUGAUCCUAAUAAUUUCGAAAUAUAUAAAUAUUAUCAAGUCUUAAACUUAUUUAAAGAUUAUAAUAAGAAUACACAAGAAGAGAAAUAUGAAGUAAUAGGACAUGAAGGAAUAUCUGAAAGUAAUGAGGAUACAAAUAAUAAAAAUAAUAAUAAUAAUUAUAGUUAUAAUGAAGAUGCUCUUGUAGAAUUGUUACUUUCCUAUUUUAAUGUAUUCUAUCCAAUUUCUACAUGUAUGUGUUAUUCUAUUCGAUCUAAACAUGAAUCUCUAAUGGAUUAUGAUAAGUAUCAUAUGAUAAAUUUAGAAAAUGAUAUAAAAUUAAAACAUUAUAUAAAAGAAACCGAAGAUAUACAUUUUAAUAGUAUUGAAGAAUAUAAAAUGAAACUUAAUCGUAUUAAUUAUAAGUAUGAUACAUUAUUAGAAGAAAAUGAAAAUUUGAUUACACAUAAAAAUAUAUUAAUAGGUAUAAAAACCAGUAUUAAUACAGAAGAAGAAAGAAUACCACAUAUUAAAAAUACAUAUGAUAAUAAAGAAAAUACACAAUUAAUAUUUAAUACAUUUAAUUAUGAUAAUAAAUUAAAAGAAAAAAAUACAUUUGGAUUUUAUAACAAUUCUUUAUUACAAAAUGCAUUAGAAAAUGAUAAUAUAGAUUUAGAUAUAAUUUAUAUGUCAGAUAAAGAAAGUGAUAAAUAUGAUAAUUUAUAUUUUAAUUCUAAAGUAACAUCAAAAGAAGGAUUGUGUGAAAAAUUAAAGCAUAUGAUAUAUUAUUAUUAUGAAGAAUAUGUGAUGAAAAAUUCAGAAAAAAAAUAUUUCUUUAUAGCAGAUGAUGAUACAUUUGUAAAUGUAAAAAAUUUAAUAGAUGUAACUAAUUUAACCUUAAAUACAUGUUCACAUUCUAAAAAAUAUAUGUAUGAUAAAUAUAUCAAAUCUUAUGAUUUUGUUAAAGAAAAUGAAUCUUUAUUUCUUCAAAAUUUUCCAAAAAAAACUUUAUUCCUUUAUUCUUAUUUGAAGGAUACCUUUGAUAAAACAAUACAAACAUUGAAGAAGUAUGACUAUGUGCCUAAAUAUUGUCAGGGUGGUGUAAUAACAAAAAAUAAUGCUAAUAAUAAUAAUGAUGAUGAUAUUGUCAGUGAUGUAAAUGGUGACAAGAAUGAAGUAAAUAUAAUAAAUAAUAAUAAUAACAACAAUAAUAAUAACAAUAAUAAUAAUAAUAACAACAAUAUUUAUAAUAGUAGAGCAAAAUCUAUACCUAUCUACCUAGGAAGAAGAUAUUCUUAUAAUACAUUUUCUACAAAUUCAAAUGAAUAUUUUUAUGAUUACUUAACUGGAGGAGCUGGUAUCUUAAUUAAUGAUGAAACAGCUAGACGAAUAUAUGAAUGCAAAGAAUGUACAUGUCCCUCAACAAAUUCUUCAAUGGAUGAUAUUAUAUUUGGUAAAUGGGCUAAAGAAUUAAAUAUAUUAGCAAUAAAUUUUGAAGGAUAUUUUCAGAAUUCUCCAUUAGAUUAUAAUAAAAAAUAUAUUAAUACUGUUGUACCUAUUACAUAUCAUAGAUUAAAUAGAAAUAGAACAAUAAAAGAAUCAAGAGAUAUGUAUUUUAAUUAUCUAGUAAAUUAUAGUAGAAAUGAUAAACAACAAAAUAAAGAUAUAUAUAUAGAUUAUCUUGAUAGAAAUCAUAAAAAUAUGAUUGAUAAUGUAUUUCAUUAUUUUUAUUAUCUAAAUAUGUAUGAUCAAAAAAAUAAAGUUGUCACAAAAAUUCAACACAAUCAACAUAUAGACACUAAAAUGAAUAAAUCAGACAACACACAAAAAUUAAAUAAUACCCAAAGAGAAAAAAUUCAAAACACAGAUAAAAAUAUAAAUGGUGAUGAAAAUAAUUAUAAUGUAGAUAAUAUCGAAAAUAUUGAUGAUAUUAUCAAUAUGGUUGAAAGUGUUGAUGAUGAAAAUGUAGAACAUAACAAAAAAGAAACAGAUAACCAAAAAAAUGAUCAUAACGAUGAAAAUACUACAAAUGUGAAAAACCAAACCAUAAAUACUAAUGUAGAUAAUAAUGAAGAUACUACAAAAAAAAUUAAAAAAAUGAAUGAAAAAAUUUAUAAUAAAAUGCAAGAAAGUGAUAAAUACAAACAAUUAUUCGAUAUAAAUAAAUUCUUCAAAAAAGAAAUAGAAGGACAUCCUUAUUUUCAAAAAAUUAAAAAAAAAAAUGAAAAGGCAAAAAAAGAAAAAGAAAAAAUGAAUCAAUUAAAUAAACAAAAAGCUUAUACAAAUAAUUAUUUCCAUUCAUCAAAUAUGCAAGGAAAUUUUAAUGAACAAAAAAUGGGAAAUAAUCAAAAUGUAGACAAUCAAGAAAAUAAUAUAUUUGAACAACGUCCUGAAAUAGAAGAAGAUGCAAUCAAUCCAAUGGAUUAUGAAGAAUAUAUGGAAAAUUUAUCAAAUUUUGAAGAUGAUGGAGAACCAUAUGAAGAAUAUGAUGAUUAUGAUGAUUUUGUAAAUACAAUUAAUUCUGAAAAAUUUAAAAUUAAUGAUCAAAAUAAACACUUAUAUGAACAAAUCAAAGAUAUAGCACAACCACCCGUUCAAAAUUCAAAUACUUUUGAUUUUGACACAGAUGAGUUGUAA